CACCGCCUGCAAACCCCCAUGUACUUCUUCAUCAGCAACCUGGCCUUCCUGGAAAUCUGGUUUACAUCCUCCACAAGCAUCAAACUGUUUUUGAUCCUGAGUUCUGGUGGCAGAACAAUCUCACUGAGCAGCUGCUUUGCUCAGUACUAUUUCUAUUCUGCCCUGGGCUGUACUGAGCUCGUUCUGCUGGUUGUCAUGUCCUUCGACCGCUACGUUGCCAUCUGCCUGCCUUUGCAUUAUGCUGCCCUCAUGACGCCUCAGCUCUGCAUCCACCUGGUUGUGGCUGCUUGGGUCACAGGCACCACACUCAUGAGUUACCGCUUGCUCCUCCUCCACAAGCUGACUUUCUGUGGCUCAAACAAGGUCUACCAUUUUUUUUGUGACAGCUCCCCUUUAUUCAAAUUGUCCUGCUCUGACACCAGCCUGCUCUGGAAAAUAGACUCUGUUUUAGCAUC